CACCCCACCACAGCACAGAACGAUGUCUCCGCAUUUCGACGAGGUGCAAUCAGACCUCCGCGCGAAUCCAGAAACGAAAUGGGGGUUUGUCAUAUUCCGCUGCACAUACGGCGACGAUGCAGCCUGGGAGCGUAUGAUGAGCCGACUCAACACCCAAACAAGAAACGCGCUUGAGCUGGAGGGUGCCUCUGAUCUGUUUCCGCGCAUUGACUGGGCGGUGCAGGAGAACCCCGCCUGGGACGAAGCUGGGCCAAAAUUCAUCAAGCAGCGGUUUGUCGAGUGGAAGAACGCGAACUUUCCCGAUGGACGCGGCGGCCCACGAUCAUACGGCUGCAUCAUGAUCGACAAACAGAGCCUUGACACGCUGCAGCAUGAAUACACGCCGCCAGAAGACGAGUUCGACGUGCAUGGCUGGAGCUGGAUCUGGAUGAUAUCGAGCAGUGCAGGCGAGAGGACGACGCGCGUUGGUAUUAGUUAUGUGAUGCCCCGCGCGUGGUUGUUGUUGGACAGACCUGGGUGGGGCGCGAUUUACGAUGGCGGGGCCGUAGUCACACCCUGACGUACGGGUGACGAUUAGCACCUGCCUAUUAUGUAGUCGGAAAUCAAAUCGAAAUCACAAAACCACGAUUGUCCUACCUAUGAGUUUAACGCAC